AUGUCGAGGAAAUGGCUGGAUGGCGCUAAGCAAGAUCCAGAUCUGUUCUUGGCCUCAGAAGCUUUCCAAUUCAGUCCUGAUGAACCAUUAUACGAUUCGGUCUCGCUGGUGGACGGUCAGAUACUUGAUUAUUCAGAGCACAAUAAUGAGUGUUCACAAAGUGACGCGUUGGAGCGGACAAACUACUUGGGCAAUGCAAUAUACGGCGGUUACAAGAGUGUUAAUACUACGCAACCUCUUGGUACCCUGGACGAGAGUGUUCAUCAAAGAACCUCAGGCUCCAGGUAUUCAAACACGUCGGGUUGCAUUGAUCCCAGUUUGUUAACUCAACAUGUACACGAACCUUGUUAUUACUCUCGGUCAUGGCUCGAUCAAUCCACCAAACAGACCUUAGCCGAAAACUCGCAAUCGCAACUAUAUCCAAACCCUACUCCAUCUAACGUACAACAACCACUUCUCACGCCGGCUACAAACAAAAAAGCGCCAGACAUCCCCAAAGACACGAGCAUUGAAGCUUACCCAAGCCCGUCCUCAUUACCGUCUCUCGGCCAACUCACCCCUCAAAUAGCAAGCCCACCGGAUACAACUCAGAUCGGGUUGAACAUACCAGACGGCAAAGUGGCUAUCGAGCCUGCAGGGAUGAGCUUUGUGUGUAAGACCUGUACCAAGUCUUUUCUGAGUAGGCUCCGCUACGACCAACAUGUCAAUCGGCACAGCUGCAAGGCACCUUCCAGAUGCGAACAAUGCGGACAGCCAAUAAAGCAUCCAAAGGACCUCAGACGUCACCUAGGAUCCAACAACGCAUUGCCUUCGUGUCCUGCACUCAAGAGCGUCUCCCCCCGGGCGAGUAACUUCAUGUGCAUUUGCAACUCCAAGACUUAUACUCGAAAAGACUCUCUCGGAAUCAUCGUUGUAGGACCUGCGGCAAGAACCCUUGUGCUUGCUCGUAAGACAACACGUAUCAUCAAGGACAUGUCAGCAUGA